UAUAGUACAAAUUCUUUUACAUGAUUUCCCAAAUUUAAUCAAGUAAGGUGGGAUAGUUUCUUCUUGAACAGCUUCAUCUCUAAUUCAGAUGCCAUCUCUCAUUUCUAUUUUCCACCUCUGCUCUUCAUUUCCAGAUCGGCUUGAUAUCACAUUCUAUCUUGGUUUUACCUGAUAAACUCUAUUAUACCAAAUUGAAUGCAGAGUCAUGUAAAAGAGAUCAUACUUUACUGGGUUAGGGUGCCAGAGGAAAUGCCGUUGAACCUUUCUGACACCAAGUUGCAUCUGAGAUACUUCUCUUUUGGUAUUGAAAGUAAUAUUUCUUUCAGGUUGGGAAUGUCUUUCUCAGAAAGGAUUACUGAGAAUGCGCUCCAAUCUAAGACAUCAAAAAAUGGCGGAACAAAAUUAUCAGAUAUAAUUACAGGGACACAUUCAUAAAAGAUGGAUUCAACCACUCUUGGGCUGUUGACCUCGUAGCCCCUGGGGCAGAUGCAAUACUUGCUGCUCUUCAUGUGCUGGAUGUAAUUCAUUUUGCUUGCAACACCAGGAGGCAUAGGACCAAAAA